GUGCAGUCUAGAGAAGACGACGCUGGGCCGAUGCUUCAAGUCGCGCCACAGCAACGAAUCGCAAUGCCCGAUGCUCACAAACACGAAAUCCUCCAAGCAGUCCAGCAAGCAACAAAAGUCUAACUUGCUGACGCAGCUCAAGUCUUCUCCGAGCACCACCAGCAACCAAAAGAAGCUUAGAUUCCAGCUUGCCAAGGAACGAAAAGCAAGCACUACGUUAGGUAUAAUAAUGAGCGCCUUCACAUUUUGUUGGCUGCCGUUCUUCGUGCUGGCGCUUUUGCGGCCCUUUUUGGAAAAUACUCACGCCCUAAAGACCCUCGCCACGCUCUUCCUUUGGCUGGGUUAUGCAAACAGUCUGCUCAACCCCAUCAUCUACGCCACCCUGAACAGAGAUUUCAGAAAACCGUUCCAGGUAAGAAUCUCAAAAAUUAAUACCUACGUCUUCCUUCAAAGACUUUUCAAACGCUUUUCUAGGAACCAUCUGAAACACGUUCGCCGUUAUUGCAUUAUUAAGCGGAACGUAAUUAGCUAA